UCACUUAAUCCAUCAUUCAUAUCUUUAUCUAUUACUUAUCUUUAACUUGCUCUAAAGCAUCAAUCAUUUAGCAAUCGAUGUCUUCUCGAGAUAGUCCAUCAUCUGACACAGAAAUCCCCCAAGUCAUCGCUGGCAGAUACAAUGUCAAGGUCGAUAAGCAGAUGGCUGAGACCAAUCAGGGGGGCGUUUAUCCAGCGGUUGAUACUAAGACUGGACAAGAAGUUGCAGUUAAACUUGAACACAUCUUGUUCGCCCUGCUUGAGGAUCGUCGCGACCUUCGAGAUGAGCAUGAAGCCUACAGGGACAUCUCUAAACAUGUGCCCAAUGCACAUACAAUCCCCUCCAUUAAGUGGUAUGGCGAAGAAGGAAACUAUUGUGCUCUCGUGAUGGAUAUGCUCGGCCCCACUCUACAGGAUCUUUUCUCCUCGCAUAGUGGCCCGUUCAGUCUCAAAACGGUCUUAAUGAUCGCCGAUCAACUCAUAUCUCAUGUCGAGUUCCUUCAUGGUCAACUAUAUAUUCAUCGGGGAAUCAAGCCUGAUAAUUUUUGUAUUGGCCUUCAAGACCAGCGGAAAAUCUUCAUGAUCGAUCUGGGUUUUGCAAAGCGGUAUAGGGAUCCCAAAACUAAACGGCAUAUGCCUUACGAGAAGUACGAACGUUGUGCAAAUCCCAGUUGGUGUUCCCUCAGGGUGUCAGAAGGAACGAUGGCUUCCAGAAGAGACGACUUGGAAUCAUUGGGGUAUAUGUUUGUGUUUUUUCUAAAGGGCUCAUUGCCGUGGCAUGGGACUUGUUCGAUCGAGAUGGAGGAUAUAAAGAGCGAACCUCUCGAAGACUUAUGCAAAGAUCUUCCAGAUGAGUUUCUCAAGUAUCUUCAAUAUUGUCGAGCUUUGAAAUUCGAUUCUGAUCCAGAUUACCGAUAUCUCCGUCUGCUCUUCCACCAGCUCUUUCUCGAGAAAGGUUAUGAGAAUGAUUGGGAGUUUGAUUGGUGCAAGAAACCGAAUAAUGAAGGUGCAGCAGAAGAGAAAGAUGACAAGGAGCCGCUGGAAGCAAAUGACAAGAAAAAUGGCAAUAAUGCGGAAAAGCGAAACAACAUAUCGAAGGACCUCGAAGAGUCCAACAAUGUUACCAAUGCUGAUACGGAUCAAUCAGAGAUCACAUCAGUCAACAAUACCGAUCUCAAGCAAGUCAGCGAAGCAAAGGAAGAUCAAAAAGCUCAGACCGAAAUAAAGGUGCCGAGUAAGAGUGUCAAUUUUGAUGACCAUCAUGCCAACAUCGACGAACCAGAAGGCGGAAAUGACCUGCAAGAAGGAGAAAAUAGGCUUAGAAGGAGUGCUCGACUGAAAAAAAUGGCUAGGGAAGAACCUUAAAGUCUUAGAUUGCGAACACUAUGCCUAAUAUUGAUCGUAAUUCUCGUUUCACUGCUUCCCCUGCUAAGUGACAAUGUAUUGUUUCAUGAU